AUGGCUACAUAUCAGAUCCCAGCCCCACCCCCAAUGUCGUUACAGGGAGACGUAGUGGAGAACUUCCGGGACUUCGAAUCCUCAUGGGACUAUUAUACCAUUGCUACCGAUCUAAGGUCGAAAUUGACAUCCCCUCCAGGCAAGGAAAUAGUAGCCGCAACACUUUGCAUGGUAAUGGGCCCUGAAAGCAAGAAGAUAAUGAACUCAUUACCCACCCUGAUCAACGCCGACAGGAAAGACCCGAAGAGGAUUAUAGAAGAGCUUAGAAAAUACUUUGUACCCCAACGCAACGUGCUGUAUGAACGGUUUGUUUUCAACUCUGCAACACAGAAGCCCUCCGAGUCCGUCGACGAAUAUGUCGUCCGCCUGCGUCAUCUAGCCAACUCUUGUGAGUUCGGUGACUUGAAGGACUCUCUCAUCCGAGAUCGGAUAGUCAUAGGUACUACCGAUGAGAGUGGACGUGAACGCCUUUUAAGGGAACGGCCGGUGCCAAGCCUAGAUAAGGUGGUGGAAAGCCUUCGAGCUGCCGAGAUCUCAAGAACUCACCGACAAAUAAGAGGCAGCCGAACAAUAAGAAACAACCAAAGAAAGGGCCGGGGUAACAACGGUAACAACGGUGGACAACAAAAAACAAACGGGAACAAAAGAAGGCAAACCCAAGACCGUAGACCACCAACCCCGGGAAGCCAUAACUCCUCCACCUCCUGUCACUGGUGUGGAAAAAAGGCAGGCCAUGUCAAGAAAGAUUGUCCUGCUAAGGAUGCAAAGUGCCGUAACUGCGGCAAAACAGGCCACUACGCCGUAGUCUGUCGGUCAAACAAACAAGUGCAUGAAGUAAAUAGAGAAGAGGAAGGAAGCUACCAGGAAGAUUACUAUUUAGACGACUGCUACUUCAUGGGCGAAGUGAGCACCACCAACGAUGAAUUCUGGUCAGCGGAAGUGCUCAUAAACCACAACCCCUGUACCUUGAAACUUGAUAGUGGGUCAAAGGUGACAGUGGUUGGCGAUAAGGUACCGUGGUUGGAAAACCGGCGAUUGGACAAGGCGACAAGCAUGUUCAGAGGACCCGGUGGAGUGAACUUGUCCCACUUGAUAAAAGGGCAGAUAACAGACGCCUUAUUUGCAUUCGGAGGGAGGACACCCCGCGAAAAUGUUUACGUCAUGAAGAACCAAUCUAAGAAUCUACUUUCCAAGUCAGCAAUCCAGGCACUCCAGCUGUUAAUACCGUCAGCAGCAGUGCACAAUGUGGAGACCGCCCCUAAUUUCAAGGCAGAAUUCCCCGAGUUAUUCAAAGGGCUGGGCCUCAUGAGGGAUAAGUACAAGAUACCUCUGAAACCGGACGCAGUAUCAGUUUGUCUAUACACACCCCGACGUGUACCGCACCCACUUCUCCCUAAGGUCAAAGAGAAGCUACUGGCCAUGGUUCGUCAGAAGGUAAUCUCACCAGUAAGUGAGCCCACAGACUGGUGCUCAGGCAUGGUGAUCGCUCCCAAGCGCAACGGUGAUGUCAGGAUCUGCGUUGACCUGACACCGCUGAACAAGGCAGUAAAACGAGAGAUCCACCCUAUGGCAAGUGUCGACGAGAACUUGGCAAAGCUUAAGGAAUGCAAAGUCUUCACCAAGCUAGACGCCAACUCUGGAUUUUGGCAAAUACUCCUCGACGAGGAGUCUCGGUUGCUCACCACCUUUGUCACACCAUUUGGCAGGUACUGCUUCAACCGCCUCCCAUUUGGAAUCAGCUCAGCCCCUGAGAUAUUUCAGCGUACCAUGUCUCGAAUCCUAGAGGGCCUCGAUGGCACAGUUUGUCACAUGGAUGACAUCCUCAUACAUGGGCCCACACAGGAGCUUCAAGACAGCCGUGCCAGAAAAAUGUUACAGCGGCUCAAGGACGCUGGAGUCACAUUGAACGAGAAAUUUGAGUUCUCUAAACAGCGCAUGAAGUUUCUCGGGCAUGUAAUCUCGGAGGAUGGGGUAGAAGCAGACCCGGAGAAAACCAAAGCAAUCCAAGAUUUUCUCCGACCUACCACUGUGACAGAGCUCCAGCGUUUCAAUGAUGUGCUGGCACACUACGAUCCAAACAAACGAAGCAUCGUCGCUGCCGAUGCAUGCCAGGACGGGCUUGGAGCAGUCUUACUGCAAAGCGACAGCAGCGGUAACCGGCGCCCAAUCGCCUUCGCUUCACGCUCUCUAAACGACACGGAGAAGCGAUACGCAGUCAUCGAGAAUGAGGCGCUGGCCGCCACGUGGGAAUGUGAAAAGUUCUCAGACUACAUCCUUGGGACACCAUUCACCCUAGAAACGGACCACCGCCCACUGGUACCCCUUCUCUCAAGCACAGACCUCUCCAAGCUGCCCCCGAGGGUUUUGAGGUUUCGCCUCCGAAUGGCCAGGUAUUCACCCGAGGUCACUUACGUGCAAGGAGUGCACCAAAACACAGCGGACGCCCUGUCUCGUGCACCCACAAGCAGUCCCACUCCCCAGGACUUAAAACAAAUCGAGGAAUUAGAAAAACAUAGCGAAUCAGUCCUAGAGUCCCUACCUGCAACGGAACUGCGCCUCAAAGACAUCCAGGAAGCCCAGGACUGCGACGCCAUAUGCAAGCAGGUGAAGACCUACUGCUUAGAGGGAUGGCCUCCCAUUAUGCCAUCCCUACCACUCCUAAAGCCAUACUGGGAGAAGAAGCAACACUUGACGGUCAACCGAGGAAUCCUGAUGUAUGAUCACAGGCUAGUUAUCCCCUCAAGCAUGCAACUAGAGAUGCUGGAGACCAUUCAUGAAGGCCAUCUUGGCAUUACCAAGUGCCAAGGGCGCGCGAGCUCCUCGGUGUGGUGGCCGCUCAUAACCAAGCAGAUAGAAGCAAUGGUCAACAGAUGCCAAACUUGCGCCAAACUUAGACCAGAGCGAAGAGAACCCCUUAUGGCGCUGUCUUUCCCAAACCUACCAUGGAGCCGGGUCGGUACAGACCUCUUUGAACUAGAACAGACCGACUACCUUAUCGUUGUCGACUACGCAAGCCGAUGGUUUGAAAUCCGAAAGCUAGGAUCAACUACCUCAGCUGCAGUCACGCGCCACAUGUGCGAGAUCUUUGCUCUGCACGGAAUACCGGACACAGUCGUCUCGGAUAACGGACCCCAGUAUGUUAGCCAGGAAUUUACCAACUUUGCCAAGGACAUGGGGUUCACCCACAUCACCUCCUCUCCACACUACCCACAAGCAAAUGGUGAGGUCGAGAGAGCGGUCCAGACCGCCAAGAACAUCCUGCAAAAGAACACAAACCCACACCUUGGUCUCCUAGCAUACCGUUCUGCCCCCCCUGGCAAACGGCCUAACCCCUAG